AUGACCGGGUCAGAGAAAGAGGCUUUGGAGCUUCGAGUGUUACAGAGGGCUAAGACUACUGUGGUGCUGAAUCGCGAUAGUCCGAUGAAUCGUAUGAAGGCCAUAGCUGUCAUGGCGUCUCGAGUGAAGGAUGCGCCCGAUUUGAAGCCCAAAUUAUUAACGGCAGCCGGUGACCUAGAAUCUCUAUGGGAUACAUUAAUUCAACAUAAUGAGGCCGUUUUGAAAGCGUUGCUGGAUUUAGACUUGGCCUAA